UACUCUCCUCCACAUCACACAAGCUGUGUCUGGCUACAGUACAGUAUUUUUGAGGAAAGAAAAAAGCAUGUGGCAUGAUAUUUCAUCUGGAGAAAUUAAUCAAGCGCUGUCAUAAAAAUUAUUAAUAUUUUCGAUUCUUCAUCCACUACAUCUGUAGUUUCUCCCCGUGUGAGAGAAUUCUUAAAGCACAGAGACGAACACUGGAUUGUGGAACAGCGGAUCGAGGAGAAAACAUUUCAAAUGCAGAAGAUGAACCUAGAAAUGAAGAACAUCUCAUUCACCUCGGCUUCAGUUUCCUGGUCACCCAAUCCCUAUACCUGCCCAGCUAAUCUCUACAGACUUAUAUAUCGCCCAAACUGGAGCAGCAUUUUGUCCGGCUUCUCAAGGCAGAAUUUUAAUCGUGAGGAAAUGGUUCCGCUGGGUAGCAGCUCUCUAACGCUGCACAGGCUUACACCAUCAACCAACUACAUCAUCUGUGUCACAUGCCAGGGGUCCCAGGUUUCCAGAGACCAGUGUGCCCUCUUUCACACGCUGGCCAAGGACGCUGUGGUUCUCACUAGCAGGACGAUAGACCUGGCUACAGUGGUGUGGUUUACCAGCAGUAUCCUCCUCAUCAUAACUGCCAUCGUGCUGCUUCAUGGCUGCUUCAAGCUGUGGUGUAGGAAAUCCAAAAGGAAGCGAUACAGCUCUGCAGAGACCAUUCGUUUUCAAGGCAGGAGUGGCCAAGCCUGGCCUGAGGGUAAUGCUGAAACUGCCCUUGUGGAUGACCAUUGCGAAAUCCCAUCACUGUCAAUCCUGGAAAAGCAAACAGAAGUCAAAUCAGAAGGCUUAGGUGGGACAAAGGGUCUGCUGGCUUACAAAAAAAACAAAGAUAAAAUGAGCGUUUUACCACAGAGUAUCCAUGAAUAACAAAUAUGUGUUUUAGGCUUGUUCAAAUGCUGUAGUGGUUAUUGAACAAAAGAGAGAAUUCUGUACAUGUGGCGUGUUUUUUAGCGUAUUAGUAUGCUUUGUAUACUAAUACGCUAAUGCUUUUUACAUAUGGACC